CAUGAAAGCCCCAUCAAAGAAGACUGCCGCAGAGGUUGAGAAGGAAGUGCACACGCAUUUUGCGAAGACCGUGUACUUCAAUGGUCUAUGGAAGGACUUCUUGACCAAGGCGUCGGCGAUCGUCGGUGCCAUGGCGCUGUACCAGAGCUACAAUCUGCUCAAGGUUGCCAACUUCACGUUUCGUUUCGCCCUCGUGUACGAGGCGCUGUCCGUGUUGAUCGUGGUCUUAAACUUGUUGUUCCUGCACCGCGCCACAGCCAACCCUCUGCUUGUGUUCAAAGCCGUGUUCGCGCUGGCGGUGCUCCAACUCGCGUGGUUUGGCCACAACACGUACAACCUGAUCCAGCAUCAAGUGCAAGGCGAUCUCAACAACGACCAGCUCCCCCUGGGUGCGAUGGGCUUCCUUGUCACGUGGGCUGCCGAUCGGUACAUGCUCCACAACGAAGUCACCGCCGAACGCGCAUCCACCGAAGUCCGCGACUUGACGAAAAAGCUCAACUAGAGCCGAAACCAAUACACUGUACCAUUGAUGACCUUAGCAUACUUACCAUAGUAACGUUAGUAGCAAGCAAUAUUGCACUUUGCAUGUGUCAAUAUACUAUGAAUCAACACUACCAAUUCGGUCGGUGGGGUUGAGUCCAUCCCC